CUACUUCAAACCUCAACCUCAACUUUCCAACAUCAAUUGUUUAAGCGAUUGAGUUUCUCGCCAACUUGAUAUACAGAGGGAAUACUUGAAGUUAAGAGGAGGAGAACAGGGGAAUGCUUGAAGUUAAUCAUGAGGCGUCUUUUGGCCUUCAUCUUGGUCUACCAAUACUAAACAGCUGAGAGAUCUGAAGCUUCAUCUUCUUCGAUCUGGUAAAUGCCCAAACCACAAGACAUAAUCCCCUUCUACGCCGCUCUCCUCCAAGCAUGCUCCUCCACCAAGAACCACCACACACUUAAGCAAAUCCACGCUCUAACCAUCCGACUCGGAAUCUCUCACCAUGAUUUCAUUCGAACCAAGCUUGCCUCCACCUACGCCGCCUGCGACCAUCUGCCACAAGCCACUACCAUCUUCUCCUUCGCCACUCGCCGCCCCACCUUCCUCUUUAAUGCCCUCAUCAGAGCCCACUCCUCUCUGCGUCUCUUCUCCCAAUCACUCUCGAUUUUCCGCCACAUGCUUCUUUCUGGAAAGCCCAUUGACCGUCAUACUUUGCCGCCGGUGCUCAAGUCAUGUACGGGUCUGUCGUCCUUGCGCCUUGGCCGGCAGGUUCAUGGGUUUGUUGUGAUUAAUGGGUUCUCAACCGAUUUGCCGAAUUUGAAUGCGUUGAUUACGAUGUAUGGGAAGUGCGGGGACUUGGGUAUUGCACGGAAGGUGUUCGAUGGAAUGCCUGAGAGAAAUGAGGUGUCGUGGUCUGCGUUGAUGGCGGGUUAUGGUGUUCAUGGGAUGUUUGGUGAGGUGUUUGGAUUGUUUGAGAGGAUGGUGGAAGAGGGACAAAAGCCGGAUGAGCUCACUUUUACAGCUCUUCUCACGGCAUGCAGCCAUGGAGGGUUGAUUGAGAGGGGGAAGGAGUAUUUUGGUAUGAUGAAAAUGGGGUUCAAUUUGAAGCCUGGGUUGGAACAUUACACCUGCAUGGUGGAUUUGCUGGGGAGGGUGGGACAAGUGGAAGAAGCAGAGAAGUUGAUUAUGGAGAUGGAGAUGGAGAUUGAGCCUGAUGAGGCAUUGUGGGGCGCCCUGUUGAGUGCUUGUAGGAUUCAUGGGAAAGCCGAGGUGGCUGAUAGGGUGCAAACACGGUUUAUGAAGCAACACUGAUUGUAUAAACUAUGGUAUGCCAAGAUAUGCUUUGUGGGUUGGUUUCAUAAGUUUCCCUCUAUUCGAUUUUUGUUUCGAC